AUGCGAAAAAUGCUCGCCGUCGUUUCCCGCGUGCUGACGGGCGCCUCCCAGAAACCGGGAGCUGCUAGUGAGGUUGGAAGAGUGCUACUGGCAUCCCGUAACUUUGCAAAUGAUGCUACCUUUGAUAUUAAGAAAUGUGACAUUCAUCGGCUUGAGGAAGGCCCUCCCACCACAGCAGUUCUCACUAGAGAGGAAGGACUCAAAUACUAUAAGAUCAUGCAGACUGUCCGUCGGAUGGAAUUGAAAGCAGACCAGCUAUAUAAGCAAAAGAUUAUCCGUGGGUUUUGCCACUUGUAUGAUGGACAGGAAGCUUGUUGUAUGGGGCUUGAAGCUGGCAUAAAUCCUACAGAUCAUGUUAUUACAGCCUAUCGAGCUCAUGGCUUUACAUAUACUCGUGGACUUCCUGUUCGAGAAAUUUUGGCAGAGCUUACAGGAAGAAGAGGGGGAUGUGCUAAAGGAAAGGGAGGAUCUAUGCACAUGUACGCCAAGAACUUCUACGGCGGCAAUGGCAUUGUUGGAGCUCAGGUACCUCUAGGAGCUGGUAUUGCCCUCGCCUGUAAGUACAAUGAAAAAGAUGAGAUUUGUUUGACUUUGUAUGGAGAUGGUGCUGCUAAUCAGGGUCAGAUAUUUGAAGCUUACAAUAUGGCAGCUUUGUGGAAAUUGCCUUGUAUUUUCAUUUGUGAGAAUAACCGAUAUGGAAUGGGAACUUCUGUAGAGAGAGCAGCAGCCAGCACUGACUAUUACAAAAGAGGGGACUUUAUUCCAGGAAUAAGGGUAGAUGGUAUGGAUGUUCUGUGUGUUCGUGAAGCAACAAAAUUUGCAGCUGCCUACUGUAGAUCAGGAAAGGGCCCCAUGUUGAUGGAACUACAGACAUAUCGUUAUCACGGACACAGCAUGAGUGAUCCUGGUGUCAGUUAUCGCACUCGGGAAGAAAUUCAGGAAGUGAGGAGUAAGAGUGAUCCUAUCAUGCUUCUAAAAGACAGAAUGGUGAACAACAAUCUUGCCAGUAUUGAAGAAUUAAAGGAAAUUGAUGUUGAAGUAAGGAAAGAGAUUGAGGAUGCUGCCCAGUUUGCUACAGCGGAUCCAGAACCACCUUUGGAAGAAUUAGGCUAUCAUAUCUACUCCAGAGAUCCACCUUUUGAAGUUCGAGGAGCAAAUCAGUGGAUCAAGUACAAAUCUGUCAGCUAAAGGAAGUAUGUGUUGAAUGUAUACAAGGCCUUUAAUGGAAAUUUAUCUUAUCAGUUUUAAGAAACUAAUUGCUAGAUCUAAGGAAAGGGAUGAAAUUUCUAAAACCAAACAUUUUGCAUUGUCAUUAGAAGAUACUAUACCUUAAAUUCAAGGGUAACUAGUUACAUCCAUGCUAUAUUUAUACAUUAUGUUAAUUGUUUUAUUAAAGGAAUAGAACCAGUUAACUAGUUUGUGUGGUUAUUUUACACUUUAUUCUGCUUUUUUAAAAAAUAGAUUAGAAAAAUAGGGGGAAAGUGACAUAGCUGGAGAAAAAUCAUUAUCCCCAAGCACAAAACCCUUAACAUUUUUACAUUUUCUUUAUUUCCUUAAUUAGCAUUUUGUUGACUUGUGGGAAACUCUACUUGUUUAGUUCUUCCAAAAAACUGAUAGGAUACUCAGAAAGGAAAAAAAUGCUUUUGUUUUAGCCUAAUCAGCUAGUGAUAUCAUUGAAUGGGAAGCAUUAUAGGAUUUUAGUCUUUAAAACAUAAUUUAGAAUAAUAUAACAAUGUUAAAAUGAACAUUUCUGUCAAAUGUCACUAUGACUAAUUUUAUUGAACAACUCUACCUUUAUGUUUUUGUAAAGAUGGAGUACUGAAUUGCCUUUCCCAACCAAAUCAUGUUUUAAAAAUAUAACAAGUGAAAAAAAAAAUCAAAUAAUUUACUUUCUGUUUGUAAAUAAACACAAAGCUGUUUUUCUCUUGAAAACUAUAUUCACAUUUAAAUUUCAAGUUUUUAAGAACAAUAAGAAAUAUUCCUUUACUGAUUGUUAAUUUUAUACUAAUACUUGUCUGUUAAAGUGCAGUACUAACAAUUGAUGGUUAUUUGAUUAUAAUACUUUUUCCUCUUUCACUCUCCCAGCAAGUGCUAUAAAACAUAAAUGUAUAUAUUUCAAUUAGUAAAUUAAAAUCAUUAUUUCUAAAAACAUUCAGGCUAUACUGGCAUGUUUAAACCAGGAUUCCUUUAGCUGGAUAUGACACAAUUUUUUAUAUAUAUAUAUAGUGUCUGUACAUUUCAGUUUACAUAAAUGUAUCAUUACUACAUAUAUUCUAAAUACCAUCCAUUUUGGUAAAAUAACUACUUGUUUAGAACUAAAUUCCCAAAUUGUGAAUUGAACAAUAAAACAA